GGCUCCGACCGGCCCGCCGAGCUGCAGCAGCCCUUUGCGCCCUCCUGGCCCUCCCACCAACAUCAUGUUCCAGUUCCUGCUUGGAUUUACAUUGGGCAACGUGGUUGGAAUGUAUCUGGCUCAGAACUAUGACAUACCAAACCUGGCUAAAAAACUUGAAGAAAUUAAAAAGGACUUGGAUGCCAAGAAGAAACCCUCUACUUCAUGAGAAUGCCUCCAGCACUGCCUUCCAGAUACACUGAUUCUACUGCUCUUGAGGGCCUCCUUUACCAUCUGAACCAAAAGCUUUUGUUUUCAUCUCCAGCCACUGGGCUCCUCUUCUUUGCUAGAACCUGUGUUUUUGGCUUUAGAGCAAGCAAAAUGGGGCCUCAAUUUGAGAACUACCCUACAUCUCCAACUCUCACCUCUUCACAUAUUCCCUUUCCAAUUGCAUAGGAGGUUCUAAGACUGGAAUUAUGGUGCUAGAUUAGUAAACAUGACUUU